AUAUUAAUGAUCCGCGGGAACUAAUAUACGGGUUAAUGUAGCUGAUAUCUACGUACUUUCACUUGCUGCUGAUAACGUGCAUAUACAUGUACGUAUCUCAUGCUAAUGUGACUUGUUUUUAUGUAAACCUUAUAAUAUCGCUACGAUGCUGCAUUGGAAGAAGAUAUUCAUAAUCUUUGGACUGAACAUUUCGGUAAUAUGGAUUGUAAUUUCACUCAUGUCACUAAGCACAUUCAAACCUCCGCAUCCCCAGAAAAACCUUUUACAUCGUCAUCGCUCCGAUCUCGACGGCAACUUCACUCGGCGCUUUUCAGGCGUGGUAGAUUCCGAGGUAGCCACGCCUGCAGGAGGGAAAAAUCCAUUAUGCUAUAAAGUUGUUUAUACUUGGCUGGAUGAACGUGAUAAAUUUCAUGUCAAUCUGAUAUUCAAGGAAACUGGCAGGUUUUCUUGUCCUGGACUUUCUUGUGGUGUUCAGAUUGAACAUGGUCGCAACCUGACCAGACUUGCUGCCAGUGACGUCGUAAUUUUGUUUUACAAGUCAGAAUGGAAUUGGUAUGACCUCCUUAAGCAUCAGUCGGACAGACAGAAGUGGGUUUUCUGGACAUCGGAGAGCCCACGCCACACCAACCACCGUGUCAUUCCGCCACCAGAAUAUAGAAAUAAAACUUAUGAUUACAUCAUGACAUAUAGGAAAGGGGCAACGGAGACAGAUGCAUAUCUCUCUGAUGGUGGAUAUGGUCAUUUUGAUAGAAUAACGCCUUUGGUUCCGAAGAAUGAUAACACGAACUGGGCGGCAAAUAAAGACAAAAUGGUUGCAUGGGUAUCUACUAAUUGCUACCCUCGAACAUUAGGCUAUGAUCGCACGGGGUUUGUGAAUGCAUUGGCGCGACAUGUCGAAGUUGGUAAAUACGGCCCUUGUGGAACCAUGGCUUGUAAGGAUCUGGCUACCUGUGGUCUGCAGAAGUACAGGUUUUACCUAGCGCUCGAAAAUUCGGAAUGUGACGAUUACAUCACUGAAAAGUUUUGGUACACUUCGCUUACUCUCGGUUUGAUACCCAUCGUGUUUGGAGCCCCAAAGGAAAACUAUCUCAGAGUAGCUCCACCCAAUUCCUUCAUAUUUGUUCCAGAUUUUUCAUCUAUAGAAACGCUGGCAGCUUACCUGGUGAAGCUCAGUGAAAACGAUGCCCUGUAUAAUGAAUAUUUUGAAUGGAAGAAGGAAGGGUCUGUUACAACAAAUAUGCAGUUUGAAAACAUGCAACCCCAGGCUCUCUGCGAUCGUGUUGUCAAUCGUGUAUUAAAAGACGAGGAAAUGGAUCGGGUUCAAAAAGGAAAGAGAGGAAGGAAACCGUUGGUCAAUGAUUGGGAUGAAUGGUGGACAAACUCGUGCCAUUCCACCGUGACUGGACUCCCUAUUCCUGAAAAGUGAAACAUUUUCUUCAAUUUUGUUCGGUAAAAAAAAUAGGCAUAUUAAAGAGUUAUCAAAUCAUACGAAUACUACGUUUAAUUUUAGACGGUGUUAGAUUGGUGUGCAGGAUAAUUAUAUCAGUUUGAGAUAAAUGUAUAAUUCUGGGAAAAGCGCUUUAUAAAAAUUGGCUAUUAUUAU